GUGAAAGACGAGUUUUUGAAGAGUGACGUUAAAUCUAAGGCUGUCCAAAUGCCAGCUCCCACCCUACAGCCUGCUCAGCUCACAGUCGUGCUGCUGGAAGAAGACCUGGAGAAAGAUGCACUAAAGUGUCAUACAUCAAAGAAGGACAGCUUGGAUCCUGUCUCGGUGGCCGCUGUACCACACAGUGCUGGAGAGGAGGAGGACUGGAGUGAAUUUGCGGUAGUUCCCAGUUCCUGCAGUGUUCCCUGCUAGCUCAGUGGUUGGUGCCCUCCAUUCCUGGACUUUGCUUGAUGGGGAUCUCUGCUGCAGGAACAGUCUCUGCACUCACAGGCAGGCGAGCAGGGAUAGGAGAGGUUGCCUCUAGAUGCUGGAAAGGCCGUUUGUAUAAGCUCCUGGCAGAAGAGCUCUUCUGGAACAGCUGCUGGCUGUAGGCCCACCAAGCCGAAGGUCAGGAUAGCCUCUCUGCAGCAUGUCUUCCAAGCCAGAGCAGAAGGAGACCCACCAGGCCAAUGGGGCUGUGCUGCCCAUUGUGCCCGUGGACUGUCUCACCAGUCCAGACCGGGGGCAGCUGGUGGAGCCUUCGGAUUUCCUGGGACCUGACAGUGAUGGGGUAGAAGUGGUGGUGUUGGAGUCCCGUGCUAACGCUAAAGGGGUGCGAGAAGAAGAUGCCCUGCUGGAAAACGGCAGCCAGAGCAAUGAAAGUGAUGACACCAGCACAGACCGAGGUCCUGAGCCAGCCUCGCCCCUCAAGGAGACCUCCUUUUCCAUCGGGCUGCAAGUCCUCUUUCCGUUCCUCCUGGCAGGCUUUGGGACAGUUGCUGCUGGAAUGGUGCUGGACAUUGUGCAGCACUGGGAUGUCUUCAAAUACGUGACUGAGGUAUUUAUCUUGGUGCCUGCAUUACUGGGCCUGAAGGGGAACCUAGAGAUGACUCUGGCGUCUCGCUUGUCAACAGCUGCUAAUAUUGGCCAAAUGGAUACACCCAAAGAGCUCUGGAAGAUGAUAACGGGGAACAUGGCUCUGAUACAGGUUCAGGCUACUGUGGUUGGCUUCCUGGCCUCGAUUGCAGCAGUGAUAUUCGGAUGGAUCCCAGAUGGGCACUUCAGCAUUGACCAUGCUGUCCUGCUGUGUGCCAGCAGCGUGGCUACUGCUUUCAUUGCUUCCCUUGUUUUGGGCAUGAUUAUGAUUGGGGUCAUCAUCGGAUCCAGGAAGAUGGGGAUCAAUCCUGAUAACGUCGCCACACCAAUUGCUGCCAGCCUGGGGGAUCUUAUCACCCUGGCUCUGCUUUCAGGAAUCAGCUGGGGCUUGUACAAAGAGCUGGAGAGCAAAGCCUACGUGAAUCCUUUGGUAUGCGCCUUCUUCAUAGCUCUGCUGCCCAUCUGGAUCAUCAUUGCCAAGAAGAAUGCAGCAACUCGGGAGGUGCUGUACUCUGGCUGGGAGCCAGUCAUUAUCGCAAUGGCUAUUAGCAGUGUUGGGGGUUUAAUUUUGGACAGAACAGUCUCAGACCCAAACUUUGCUGGGAUGGCUGUCUUCACACCAGUUAUUAAUGGUGUGGGUGGCAACCUGGUGGCCGUGCAGGCUAGUCGCAUCUCCACUUACCUGCACAUGAGUGGGAUGCCUGGAGAGAGCUCCGAAACAGCCCCUCGCAAGUGCCCCAGCCCUUGCAGCACUUUCUUCAGCUCAGAUGUGAACUCUCGCUCUGCUCGCGUGCUCUUUCUUCUGGUGGUGCCUGGACACUUGGUUUUCCUUUACACCAUCAGCUCCAUGCAAGGUGGACACACUACCCUCACGCUGAUUUUCAUAGUCUUCUAUAUGACAGCUGCACUUCUCCAGGUUCUCAUUCUCCUGUACAUUGCUGACUGGAUGGUGCACUGGAUGUGGGGCAGGGACCUCGAUCCUGACAACUUCUCCAUCCCAUACUUGACAGCGCUGGGGGACCUGAUUGGAACAGGUCUCCUCGCUCUCAGCUUUCACAUCCUCUGGCUCAUCGGUGACCGGGACUCCGAUGUGGGAGACUAGCUCUCCCUGCUCCCCCCCUUCUCACAGCUCUCCUCCUCCUUUCAUUUUGUUGUUGUUUCUUUUCCUCCACCCUUGCUCUCCUUUGCUUCCUCCCCCCGCCCUGUCUCUCUUGAGACUUCAUCUUUGAUACUGGAUUCUCAUUAUUUUCAAUGGGAAUUUUAUGUGGUUUAUAUUUCAAGCCAAGUUUGUACAGAAAAUAAAUCUAAUUUUAGGAAGGAUAAAAAAAAAGUGUAACGAGACAAUCACCAAGUGCAAUUUCAUAGUAGUUACGUCUGAACCAAGGUUACAGUGAAGAUACUGAUCAGUCAGAUCACACGGGGAGCCCGCCCUGUCCCAGUCACCAGAGGUGAAGGGCUGCUUUUUUCGCUUCAUAAGCGUUUUAAAUACUGGAGGUAAGGUUCAGAUUUAUUUUACUGAACAGGCACCUUCUAGCAAAGUAGAACCUCACGGGUGAGGGCAUGGGGUGUCUCCUGUCUUCUCUGCCCUGUUGCCCUCCUCCCUUGUGUUUGCUCUCUGGAUCUCCCUCCUGUGCCUCACAUCCGAAGCACGCAAGUCUCCGGUAGAGGGAUUAGCAGAGAUGGCGAGGAAGGGUCCUCUGUGCCGAAACACCCAUUCCCGUGUGCCCACAAGGGAGGUGAGAGAUCGGGGGUUUGAGGGCUGCAGAGCCCUGAAAUCUGGCUGUGAGCAGGCUGGUCUCUGCUGACGGAUUUAGGCUCCCUUUUGCCAACCACCCGGCAGCAUCCCAAACUGCAGGCUGCUGCUUUUGCCUCUCAUCGCGUGCUGAGUUCAGCUGCUGCCGCAUGCUCUGCGCUUUGUCUGAAGAGGCCGUGAGCUCUCCCCGUCUGCCCUUCUCCCCUUCCGCCUGCCGGGGCUCUGCUGCAGGAUGCGCUGGAGCCAGCGUGGACCCCGUGUGCAAGCCUCUCCUUCGUGCUGGCAUGGGCACAGCCUGCUCAGGUCAGGUGCCUUUUCUUUCCCGGAGUGGUGGAUAGAAAAAUAGAUCCUAUUUUGUGUGUUAAGAUUUUCUUUCAGUUGCUGAGCUCUGCUGACAGGCCCAUUGCAGCUGAGAAGCCGCCACCCAGUACCUCUCCCAGCUGAGCCUGAGGCAUUUCAGACUUGAGAGCGGUAGGCUCUUGGUGUCCCUUCGAAAACGGUGUCUGUGUUCAGCCGCUGGAUUUCUCUGUGUGUGUAGGCGCCAGCCAGAAAACAGGUCAGCGGACACAGUCCGAUUUCUGAAGCCCUGGUUCUUGGUGCAGCUCUGUACGGGACGGCAGCAGAGGAACCCGCCUGCCCUCGAGCAGGCACGUCAAAUCUGGCAUCGGGGUCACAGCCCGGCUCGCGAGCGCUGCCCAGGCGCUGCGAGUGCAGGGUUCCCCGCUCUGUUUCUUUCCCCUCUGCUUUUUGCGCUGUGUGAUGGCUGAGAUGCCUCCUCUUCCCCUGCUAGCGCCUGUUGGAAGGAUUCUCCUGCAGCGGCGUCAUGAGAGAAAACCCGUUCUGGCUGUGUGGCUGAGGCGCUUGUAAAUGAUCUUCCUGAACGCUGUCAGCACUCGACGCUUUUUAGCUUGCCCAUUUGGGUAUAAAUCGAUUCAGUAACCUGAGUGCAGUUGGAUGUGAGCAGGUCUUAUUGACCUGGAAACUUCAGGCAGUUACACCGAGUUUAAAUGAUGUGCUCAGGCAGGCAGCGCUGCUAAGGAGGCCCCGUGCAUGAAUGUCAGUGGGGUGCAGGUGUGUGCAAGGGGGGAGAGCUCUUGGCGUCUGUCCAGGAUGGGGCAGUCCAUCCCACGGAGCCUAACCUCAGUGCUGCACUGCCCAAAGCUUGGGGAGCUGCCAGGAUCUUCCCAAACGCUGGGGGAAUGCCUACAGCAUUCAGCGUAGUAGCGUCGUGCAUCCUGAUCCUGAGAUGACAGCAGAGCUCUCGUUUGGGUUAGCAGUGCAGGCCUGGAGUCCUGCGGCUCCCCCCCUGGUCUGGGCACUGCCUGUCCUAGGUAUUUGCAGCUCCAGAACAUAACCUGAAAGCUGCUGGAUUUGCAGUUGCCUGCUUUUCCUCUUGCUGCAAGGGAGUUCCUCAGCAGAACACAACCAUCCUCAAUUGGCCUCAUUUCCUCCUUCAGGUUAAUUUCUGUAUUUCUCAUGCAAGCCAGUGCUUGUCUCCUUUUGGCUUUCUGUCCCAGCAAGGCUGUGUAUCUGCCCAGCUGGAAACUGGUGCAAUGUGGUGCUGGGAACGCUGAUCUUCAUCUGAAAUAAGGCCAGGCUGGAAGAUCUGUUUGUUACUCUGGAGAAUGCCAGAACUAGCUGAGCUCUGCAAAGCCCUGCCUAAGUGCAGAGCGUUUUGGUUUUUAGGUGAGGAGCAAGUCAUUAGGAACGGUUCCCACCUCCCCCCAGGAAGGAGCUGAAUGCACUCCCAAUGGUCCAAGUCAAGACCAAAGUUAGUCUGGGAUCAGACAUUGUCCCAACCCAGAGAUCUGGUUGCAGAGCUGGUCCUUACUCUGGAGAUGAGCGUGUUGGAAAGGAAGGUCAGGAUUAACGAGUGGGAAACCAGUUCUGGAAAGCCACGGGAGCAGAUGGAGCCAAGCCAAACGGCAGACAGGCUCUUGCCUGCUCAGGACCUCUCUGAAGUUGCAGACAAAUCCUUUCCUGCUUCGAGUUCCUCUACUGCCUGAGCUGCCCGUAGUGGCCGGGAGGCAGAGAUGGGAUCCUUGCCCUCUCCGGCUGCUCAUGCUCAGACCCCCAGAAGAGCGGGUGAUGUAUUUUGGAGACGGCUUUCCCCUUUCUACCUUUCUAGUGUAACAUCAGGCUGCUUUCCCCUUCCCCACCUUUGCAGCAGGUCCUUCACGGCAGGGGCUCUGAACCCCGCAUUCUCCACCCUAGUGACGUGACUUCUCAUGCAUCUCAUUUGGCCAAAACCCCAAAGCCAACAAACCAGCCCUCGCGCCCUGCUGUACCCAAGUCUCAGCCCAGGGACUUCUGGAGUAUUCUCUGCUGCUCACCUGAUUUCUCUGCCCAGUGUUGAGGAGUAGAUAUGAGACCUCCUUCCAUUAACACUUAAGCUUUUAUAUAUAUAUAAAAAUAUAUAUAUAUGAGAAACUGUCCUGGUCUUUUAGCUGUCACAUUGCUAUUUAGUGAUGGGACAAGAAAAGAUUCCCCAGAGGAAUAAUCUACCAUUCAUGGUCUCCUAUAAAAUGAAGAGACCCAGAGGUGAUUGAGAGCUGUCACGCUGCUGGGGUGGUGGCGUCCCUGUGUUGAUGUGAGGUCUAAGGGGUGUGCGGGGAACAGGUCGGGGAAGAAUCUAAUUUAAAAUUGAAGGAUAUUGAUGGUCAACAACUUUUCCCACCAGUUUGCACUCAAAUGCAUGCCUACUCUACAGCUGACUGCAAAUG